AUGGCCGACACAACCUAUAGUAUUAGUGAUCUGAAGAUACUGGACGCCUCUUACAUUAAGGAAUGCUCCAAGGUGAUUGCUGAAGCCUUCUCAGAUGAUCCGACAUACAGAUACGUCUUCCGAGGCACGAAGGCGUAUCGAAGAAACUCGUUGGAAUGGUUGUUCGAACGAAACUUGAAACUGACCAUGGGAAAAUCCCCGUCAGUGCUAAGAGGCAUUUUGAAUAAUGAGACCGGCCAGGUUCUCUGUUGCUUUCUGUGGACCCCACUGGAGCACUCUGAUUUGAGCAUGUGGGAAAUGCUCACUGCAGGCCUGUGGGAGGUACCUUUUCGAUUUGGUUUCCCAACACUCCAGCGACUGUUGAACCUAAUUGAUUCCAUGAAAGCAGACGGAAGCAACAUUGGCACUCAUGAUGGGACCACUCCUCUAGAUAGCAGAAAUCAAGAAGAAUCAGAAAAAGUCUACAUGAUUAAGCUAGAACGCAUGGCAGUCCUUCCUUCUUUCCAAGGACGGGGUCUAGGAAGCAAGGCUUUGAGAUCGGUCCUCGAAGAGGAACAACAAAAAGUCAACAAAAUGCCCGGUGAAAAUCCACAGAUUCACAUUGAGUUUACAACACAGCUGGAGCGGAAUGUUCAAUUCUACCUGCGUCUUGGAUAUAAGGUGACAUUUGACAAGGAUUACUACGAGGAAGUUUCAGAGUACACGUUCCACUCCUGGCAUAUGAUGCAGGUUCUAACAAAGCAGUAA